AUGGGACGGGUCGUGCGCUCGCCGCAGCACUCCGCGACGAACUCAGCGGCUGCUGCGACAACCGGCGCAGCUAGUGCGAAAAACGCCACCGGAGUCGCCGCGAAGUCUCCCGCAGCGGCGGGAGGGUGUUCGGCGUCGUCGAUCGCAGGCUACACGUCGUCCGUCGCACUCUCCGGAUCCGAUCUCGUGCUCCACUGGGCCCAAGGCGCGGGCGGCGGCAGCCUUUCCCUCGCCAUGGAGGUUGGCGGCGCGGCGGCCGGCGGAUGGGUGGCGGUGGCGUGGUCGCCGGACGGCAAAAUGCCCGGCUCCGACGCCGUGAUUGGCGGGCUGCCGGGCGGCGCGGUGAAGGCGUACGCCAUUAACGGGUACAGCGAGGCGGACGUGCGCCCCACCACCCGAUUCUCCAUCGGCGCCGCCUCCUCCGCCAAUGGCGGCUCGCUCAUCAAGUUCACUCGGACAUCUGGCGACGGCGCAGUGCCGGUGAGCAUGAUAGGAAGCAACAACCUUAUCUGGGCCUUCUCCAGCGAUCAGACGCCAACUCUCGCCGACCACGGCGGCAACUUUGGAAAGGCGGUUGUGGACUUCAGCUGCACGGGGUCAACUGGGGGCGGCACUGGGGGCGGCACUGGCGGCGGCACUGGGGGCGGCACUGGGGGGGGCACUGGGGGGGGCACUGGCGGCGGCACUGGGGGGGGCACUGGCGGUGAUGGCAAUGGGGAUGGCGACGGUGGUGAUGGUGACUACGACGGAGAUGACAAUGGGGGUGGUGACUACAGUGAUGGAGGCGAUGACAAUUAUGGUGAUUACGACGAAGAAGACUAUGGUGGAGAUUACAGUGCAGAGGAUUACGCGGACUAUGGCACAGCUGGUUCUGGAGGGAGUGCUGCUGCUAGUACUUUGGCAUAUGGGAAAAUGGGCAAGCUGUGGGGCCGAUUCAAGCAGUGGUUGAGAGCAAGAAGGGCUGGUAAGGCUGGCAGCAGGUCAAAGCAGGCCCGCAGGGGAGCAAGAAAGCACGGAUUCACGGGUAAGGGGACUGCGCAGGCUGCUACUUCAGUCAGCAGGGUGAAUGGGAGCUUCACUGCUAGGUUGAAGGCGGUGGAGAAGGCACAUGCGAGGACGCAUAAGCAGCAGGUACAGCACAAGCCAUUUGCUGCAGGGCGAGCAGGAGGCAAUGCUGGGGGAAACGCUGCACCGGCAGGCGUGAUCAAAACCACGGUUGCAGAGCAAACACCGUGA